AUGGACGUUGGAGGCAGCACUAUUCCCGGUAAGACAUCAUGCACACUUCUGCAAAAGGGCGAACAGGCGUUACCGGAUAAAACUGCAGCCUUGAUCGAAGCCCAGACUAUUAAUGCGAAGAUUAUCAGAGGAAUCCAAGGCCUCGCAUUCCCUGGUGGUCCUUCGGACCCGAUUGUGACUAUCGAAGCCAGGUCCACCAGCGUUGCUCUCUUCUCCGAGCCUGAGCCUCCCGCCUUGCCCCCGUUAUACAAGAGCCUCAUUGCUGCAGCGCGAGCUACAGUCAUUCUUGAGGCUGCGGUGAAGCUCUUUGAGACAUACCAUCGCUCUGUGCUCGACAUCUGGCGUGAUGCUGUGAAAGAACUACAAGGAAAUACUGGAAUCUCGUCCGAGAUGGUGGCCGCUGUGAUGAACGCGAUUGUGCGCGCUCGGCAGGCCUUCCUUGCAUUACCGAAUACAACCGAGCCUAUAUCUUCUUUCAGACCCUUUUUGAAAGUUCUGGACCAAUGGAUCGCUUUGCGCGAGAAACGCCUAGGCUAUGCCACCAGGAGGAAUUUCACCAUGAGCUUGAGCACGAAGAACCCAAAACGUGUCGCCAGCGCUGAGCAAACACGUCACUCAGAAGCCCAUGUGGUUGAGAAAAGUACCAAGUCGCUGACUGGAAAGAACGGCCAACAUGGUAAAAAGACUGGCUUAGAUAACACUUCCACCUCCAUCGAUUGCACUUCCGAAUCCCAUAAUGUCCCCAGGCCCAUAGCCGCAAGCUCUUCCAACAACGAGGCGCUCCAAUCUCUGCGAGCCGAGAACCAACUAUUACGCACCCUCAACGAGGGACAAGCACGUAUGAUGGAUCAGUUGACUAUUGAUCGCGAGAAACUGUGGACCAGGCUGCAGAACUACGUCAACCCAAUCCAAAGAGCCAAAGGUUAUCCUGAGUGGGAGGAGGAUCAGAUGGACCUCUUUCUGGGUAAUUGCGACCACUUCUCCCAUACUAAUAUGGAAGACGGCGAUGAGACCUAA